AUGUUCGCACAAUGCCGUUUUAAUUAUGUACUUGUUUGUGUAUCAAUUGAUCGUCUCUAUGCUAUUAUUCGACCUAUGGAUGUACGAACAGCAUCUUCAGCAUUUCGUUAUUCAUUGAUAAUCGCAUCAUGGGUUAUUUCAAUGACAUUUGCUUCUGCUCAAUUAUAUUUACGAGAUAUCGAAACAAUACGAGGAAUGCCCAUCUGUGGUAAUCGAUCAGAUGUUCAAAAUUGGAAUGCAUAUGUUUAUUUUCUUUUUAUUUCACUUUAUCUUGUUCCAUUAAUUGUUAUGACUGUAUCAUAUGUUAUUAUUAUUGUAAUCAUAUGGAAAAAAAGUUCAGUUAAAAUUAAAGAUGAAAUACCACAUGAACGUAAUGAAAAAUCUAAAAUUCGUCGACUUAUUGCAUCGAAAACAUCAAGUCAAAAUGCAACAAACACAGGUGAUCAUCAAAUUGAAUCAAGUAUUCGUAAUGUGCGAUCACUUGGUGUUAUACCAAGAGCGAAAAUAAAAACUGUUAAAAUGACAUUAGUCAUUGUUAUUGCUUUUACUGCAUGUUGGUCACCAUACUUUCUACUUAUGAUAAUGAAUUCGCUCAAUCUAAUUCAAAAUUAUCUUCUUAUUCGAGUCACAUCAUCUUUAUGCUAUAUGAAUUCAUUAGCUAAUCCACUUAUUUAUUGGCUUUUUGUAACUAAUUUUUGUCUUCGAUGCAGAGAAAAUUAUGGUUGUAACCAAUUACUAAGAACAACUUUAGCACCCAAUGUACAAAAUAGAGGACUUUGUUCUUUAACAGAAGCUCGAUUUAGUAUUGGUAGUGCAAAACAACAACGUCGACGUUCAAGUGAUUAUCAUCGUGCACAUAAUCCACGUACACCAACAGUUUCAAUACCUGUACCUCGUCAAUCAAAUUAUCGUACACCAACAUCAGCUCAUGCUAGAGCAAGUAAGCGUAUUGUUCAACAUCAAAAUUCACAAGCAUCACUUCUAUAUGGUUAUCCAUAUCAUCAUUAA